AAGAAGAAUCAGAUCCUCCUUUGUCACCCCAUGUACUAUCAACUGAAUGCCACCAACUUGAAAAUUUACAUCUUAGUAAUCGGUAUCUACAGAACAAACCAUAAGAAGGCCCUUUAGGACUUGAAAAGUAGUCGGGAUAAGCCUCAAUAACAACGGGAGAAGCUCGCUUUUUUAUACCUGUUUUAGUUUGACAGUAGUUAGAGGCAAACUCUUUGAAAUUGCGUUCGGAAAUCUCUGGGAAAUCUCUUUCAAAUAUAGCCCCGCCUGCGUACGAGUCAAGUAAAGAGGGCUUAGUGUUUAAACUGUCCUUCGUUGUCACUUCUUACACUCCGAUACCCAUCAAGGGACGUUGUUCUAACUUGAAAGGAGGAGCUUACAAGCUUGAUUGAAAGUAUGUGAUCCAUCACUUCUUGAAUACUCAUAUCUCUUGAAAAAAGCACACAAGAAGGUUAGUUGGUCGGAACUAGUGACAUAUUUGGAAAGUUAUGCUAGCGUUAUAUGUGGAAAACGAAGAAUUAACUCAAAUUUUGACACUAUGUUUUCAUUUCCAGUAUUUUUGUCUGUUCGUGGGUACUUGUGUAAAAGUGCUGGAGUGCAUUUUUAUGAUUUCUUAGCGUCUUAUUUUGAGUUUGAUCUAUUCUGAAUCGACUAGAUAUUGAUAUACGUACCAUUGUUUUAUCUGCACCUAAACGUGAAGCUGUGAUUGAAAUUUGCUCAGGAAAGUGCGCAUACCUUUUGAAAUUUUCAGAUUUGCUGGAAACCAUGAGAAGCAUCAUGGAGAGAAGACUCGGAGAAACAACUGAGAGGACAGAAAUUGAAAUAGAAGAGUUGAAGGAAAUGCUUAGAGGUCAGACGGCCUCAGCUGAAAAAAGCAAACAAGAAGGGAAUGGAUACAAAUCUUUUGUUUUGCCUCACAAAGUUAGCGAGUCUCCCCAGUUAACAUCGGACGCCCCAAAAAAGGUUGUAGAUAAAUUGCUUCACAAUCUACAAAUAAAUGAUGCGUCACUGAAGGAUCCACAACCUGAAACUGAGAAAUGGAUCCUUUGCCUCAUAAGGGAUGGUGAAGAUCAUGGCAGGACUGAUACCGCAAGCUUUUACAGCAAUCGAGGUGUUUUACACAGUGAGCUGGGCGAAACAGAUGAAGCAAAAGAGAGUUACAAGCGUGCACUGGAGAUUCAACUGAAAAACCUGGGACCUGAGCAUGUUGAUGUUGCGACGUCUUACAACAAUCUAGGUACUUUACACCGUGCGCUGGGCGACACAGAUGAAGCAAAAGACUGCUAUAAGCGUGCACUGGAGAUUCAACUGAAAAACCUGGGACCUGAGCAUGUUGAUGUUGCGAAGUCUUACAACAAUCUGGGUGUUUUACACAGUGAUCUGGGCGAAACAGAUGAAGCAAAAGACUUCUAUAAGCGUGCGCUGGAGAUUCAACUGAAAAACCUGGGACCUAAGCAUGUUCAUGUUGCAGGGUGCUACAACAAUCUAGGUACUUUACACCGUGCGCUGGGCGACACAGAUGAAGCAAAAGACUGCUAUAAGCGUGCACUGGAGAUUCAACUGAAGAACCUGGGACCUGAGCAUGUUGAUGUUGCAAAGUCUUACAACAAUCUGGGUGUUUUACAUAGUGAUCUGAGCGACACAGAUGAAGCAAAAGACUGCCAUAAGCGUGCACUGGAGAUCCAACUUAAAAACCUGGGACCUGAGCAUGUUAAUGUUGCGAAGUCUUACAACAAUCUGGGUGUUUUACACAGUGAUCUGGGCGACACAGAUGAAGCAAAAGACUGCCAUAAGCGUGCACUGGAGAUCCAAUUUAAAAACCUGGGACCUGAGCAUGUGGAUGUUGCGAAGUCUUACAACAAUCUGGGUGUUUUACUCAGUGAUCUGGGCGAAACAGAUGAAGCAAAAGACUGCUAUAAGCGUGCACUGGAGAUCCAACUUAAAAACCUGGGAAAUGAGCAUGUUGAUGUUGCGACGUCUUACAACAAUCUGGGUACUUUACACCGUGCGCUGGGCGACACAGAUGAAGCAAAAGACUGCUAUAAGCGUGCACUGGAGAUUCAACUGAAAAACCUGGGACCUGAGCAUGUUGAUGUUGCGAAGUCUUACAACAAUCUGGGUGUUUUACACAGUGAUCUGGGCGAAACAGAUGAAGCAAAAGACUGCUAUAAGCGUGCGCUGGAGAUUCAACUGAAAAACCUGGGACCUAAGCAUGUUCAUGUUGCAGGGUGCUACAACAAUCUAGGUACUUUACACCGUGCGCUGGGCGACACAGAUGAAGCAAAAGACUGCUAUAAGCGUGCACUGGAGAUUCAACUUAAAAACCUGGGACCUGAGCAUGUUGAUGUUGCGAAGUCUUACAACAAUCUGGGUGUUUUACACAGUGAUCUGGGCGAAACAGAUGAAGCAAAAGACUGCUAUAAGCGUGCACUGGAGAUUCAACUGAAAAAGCUGGGACGUGAGCAUGUUGAUGUUGCGAAGUCUUACAGCAAUCUGGGUACUUUACACCGUGCGCUGGGCGACACAGAUGAAGCAAAAGAGUGCCAUAAGCGUGCACUGGAGAUCCAACUUAAAAACCAGGGACCUGAGCAUGUUGAUGUUGCGAAGUCUUACAACAAUCUGGGUGUUUUACACAGUGAUCUGGGCGAAACAGAUGAAGCAAAAGACUGCCAUAAGCGUGCACUGGAGAUCCAACUUAAAAACCUGGGACAUGAGCAUGUUGAUGUUGCGAAGUCUUACAACAAUCUGGGUGUUUUACACAGUGAUCUGGGCGAAACAGAUGAAGCAAAAGACUGCUAUAAGCGUGCACUGGAGAUUCAACAUAAAAAGCUGGGACAAGAGCAUGUUGAUGUUGUGAAGCGAAAGACUGCUAAACAAUCUGGAAAACACAGUGAGCUGCUUUUUCAUGCGCGUGAGAAUUUAGGCCGUUUUAAUUUUCCCAUAAUAUUUAGCAUAAUUUGUCCCUUUGAUUUUUAGAUCUUAUGAUAAAUUGAAUAAUUUGAAGCUAUAUCUAUCUUUUUUCCACAUUUUUAAGUGAAAGUCACGCGUUGCCUAGAGCGUUAUGCGAGGAGCCCCGUGCAUCUUAAGAUGAUUGAAUUCAGUGAUAGUUAAUUUGACUUGAUGGAGUUAAGUUUACCGGUCUUAUCGACAAUAUGUAUUGGCCUUAUUCAGAGCUUAGAUAGGUUCAGAUAUUUUUCUGCAGUCAAAUGUGAGAUCCUAGGAAGAGAUUAUGUUCAAUUAAAAUACACCGACAGCUUUCUCACCAAA